AGCACAUCCUCAACAAUGGCGGCUGCCGCGCUCAGGGCCCGGCUAGACAACCGUGUCACAUCCAUGUUCGCCACGGGCAUGCUGGACGAUAAUUUCCAGCAACUGCAGUCGAUGGGGAAGAAUGAGACCACAGCCUCGGGCUACGUCGCCGAGAUGAUCAACCUCUUCAUCAAAGAAACCAAGAGGAUCCUCAACGACAUCGCCGGCCUGCUGAACCAACCUGUGGUGGACUACGACAUGGUGGACGUCCUCGUGCGUCAGCUCAAGGGGAGCAGCUGCAGUGUUGGUGCUAAGAAAGUGAACCUAUCCUGCAUGCAAUUCCGUCGGUUCAAUGAGCCAAGAAGCAAAGAAAGGUGCCUCAUGGCGUUGGCUCUUGCUUGGAGUGAGUUCUGUGAUGUGCGAAGCAAGUUCGAGGCUAUGAUGCAGCUGGAGGAGCAGAUCGCAACAUAUGGUCCUAAGUAGUAGCUAUGGAAGGAAAAAGAGCAUAGCUACAAGUGAUCCCUCCCAUGAUGGGGUGUAUGUACCUCUCCAAUGUAGAUAAUGUUCAAUUGGUGUCUGGCUUUGGAGGGCGAUUAUGAAAUAA